AUGUCACCGAAGCUUGCGGGGCGGCCGGGCGGGCGCGGGACAGCGCGGGGGGCCGGAGCCGGGCAGGGGGCGCCGAUCGCGGGCCCCGCGCGCUGCUAGAGCCCCAGGCCUGCCGGCGGGCCUGCCUCCGCCUCUCCUCCGGGCCCGCCCGCCGCCGUCCCCGCCUCUGCAGCCUUUGUGCCGCCCAGGGGUCCCCCUAGCUCGGCGGGGACCCCCCGAACCCCGCGUGGGCGCCCGUUGGGCGGCCGAUGGCCACAGGGCCGGGCGGGCUCGGGGCCGCUGCCGUCGGACUGGGCGAUCGCCUCCGCCGCAUUGUCCCGGGCCGCGCGCCCCAGCCCUGAGCCGGGAUGGAGGAUUUCGUGGACGACGAGGAACCGUGGUACGACCAGCAGGACCUGGAGCAGGACCUGCACUUGGCCGCUGAGCUGGGGAAGACGCUGCUGGAGAGAAACAAGGAGCUGGAGGAGUCGCUGCAGCAGAUGUACAGCACCAAUGAGGAGCAGGUCCAAGAGAUCGAGUACCUGACCAAGCAGCUGGACACGCUGAGGCAUAUGAACGAGCAACAUGCCAAAGUGUACGAGCAGCUGGACCUCACGGCCAGGGACCUGGAGCUGACCAAUCAGAAGCUGGUGCUGGAGAGUAAAGCGGCCCAGCACAAGAUCCAUGGGCUGACAGAGACAGUGGAGCGGCUCCAGCCGCAGGUGGAGGAGCUGCAGGCCCAGAUGGAGCAGCUGCGAGGCCUAGAGCAGCUGCGCGCACACCGGGAGAAGCGAGGCCGUCGCCGAACCAUCCACACGUUCCCCUGCCUCAAGGAGCUUUGCACCAGCGCCUGGAGCGAGGACUCCCUGCGCCUGCACAGCUCGUCCCUGGAGCUGGGCCCAAGGCCCCUGGAGCAGGAAAACGAGCGCCUGCAGGCCCUGGUGGGCGCCCUGCGGUCGCAGGUGCAGCAGGAGCGGCAGCGGCGGGAGCGCACGGAGCGCGAGUUCGCAGCGGUGCUGGGCGAGUACACGGAGCUGGAGGCGCAGCUGGGCGAGUUGGGGCGCUGCCGCCUGCGCGUGCAGGAGCUGGAGCUGGAGCUGCUGGAGCUGCAGCAGAUGAAGCAGGCCAAAACCUACCUCCUGGGCCGCGAUGACCACCUGGCCGAGGCCCUGCUGGCCCCCCUGGCCCAGGCCCCCGAAGCCGACGACCCGCAGCUGGGCAGCUGCAGCAGCAGCGGUGAGGACUCGGGCAUCCUCCAGGACUGCGCCUCGGCCUCGCCCGUGCCCACCUCGCCAGGCCCUGCGGUGCGCAAGAGCUGCAGCGACUCGGCCCUCGAUGCCAUCGUGGCCCGGGACCCGGCAGGGAGACACGCGGGCAGCCUCACCCUGCAUGCCCACGGCGUGCGCAAAAGGGGCAUGUCCAUCCUGCGCGAGGUGGACGAGCAGUACCACGCGCUGCUGGAGAAAUACGAGGAGCUGCUGGGCAAAUGCAGGCGGCACGGAGCAGGGGUGCGGCACGCGGGCGUGCAGACCUCCAGGCCCAUGUCCCGGGACAGCUCCUGGCGAGACCUGCUGGGCAGCGAGGAUGGCCCCGGCGAGGCCAAGGCGACCGAGAAGAGCCUCACCCAGCAAGUGGAGGCCGUAGACAAGCGGCUGGAGCAGAGCCAGCCCGAGUACAAGGCCUUGUUCCAGGAGAUCUUCUUGCGCAUCCAAAAGACCAAGGCGACAUCAACGCCACCAAAGUGAAGGCCUCGCACAGUAGCAGCAAGUGACAUCGACAGCAGGUUGGCGAGGCUCCUCCAGCAAUCCGGCUCAUCCAGACC